GCUCUCCUUCAGGGUCCUGCCUGGGAGCUCCAGCAGCAUUUCCCCCCUCUCUGGUAACAGAUGUCAAAGAGAGCGAGGCCCCGGACGUGCCCAUAUAUGACCUUGGAACAGAAAGCUGCCUCGUUUGGAGGCAACGUUCGGGGGAACCCUGUCCACUCCCACCCUCGCCUCCCCCUUCGGCGAGUUCACUCGCGUGCACUACGCGGGCGCCGGCUACUCCCUCUCUUCUCCCGACUUCCUUCGGAGAGCCUCACAAACCGGGGGAAGUUCAAUCAUUCCUCAGCGAGCCUCGGCGCUCACUGGGCAUGCUCAGUGGCCGGGUCCGGCUCCGGUGGCCAGAGGCUGCCUUGGGCUCGGGUCGGCGGCUGCUUGGGCUCGGCUUCCCCGAGCGCGGGUUGAGCACAGCGGCCCCUGAGCCGGGAGCGAGACGCGACCCGCCGUCCCCGCCCGGGCGCCGGCCCCGCCAAAGCGCCGUCGUUCCGGACCCCGAAAGCCCUCAACUUCGCGCCAAGUUCCGAGCCGCCUCCGGUGGGAGCCAUGCAAAUGAUGACCAGGGACGUUCUGCUAGAAAUGGAGCUGGAGGAGGACGACGACGACGAUGGGGAUAUCGGUGAUGAUCCUGCCUCCAAGAGGCCUUUAAUGGCUCCUGCCACUCUCCCAUCCAGCCUGGUCUUGGAAAACCUUGAACAGACGAUUGUCUCCCGUUUUGGAUCACUGGAAAGUCAGCAGGAUUUCCGAACCCCGGAGUUUGAAGAAUUUAAUGGAAAAUCUGACUCCCUCUUUUUUAAUGAUGGUCAGCGAAGAAUCGACUUUGUUCUAGUGUAUGAAGAUGAAAGUAGAAAAGAGACCAAUAAAAAGGGUUCAAAUGAAAAACAAAGGAGGAAAAGACGAGCAUAUGAAUCUAACCUCAUCUGUGACGGCCUGCAGCUAGAAGCAACCAGAUCGAUUUUGGAUGACAAGCUUGUAUUUGUAAAAGUACAUGCCCCAUGGGAAGUGCUAUGUACAUAUGCUGAGAUAAUGCACAUCAAAUUGCCUCUGAAACCCAAUGAUCUUAAAACCCGGUCCUCAGCCUUCGAUAAUUUCAAUUGGUUUACCAAAGUCCUCCAAGUGGAUGAAAGUAUCAUCAAGCCAGAGCAAGAGUUUUUCACUGCCCCAUUUGAGAAGAACCGCAUGAAUGACUUUUACAUUCAAGAUAGAGAUACGUUCUUCAAUCCAGCCACCAGAAGCCGCAUUGUUUACUUCAUUCUUUCUCGGAUCAAGUAUCAAGUAAGGGACAACGUUAAAAAGUUUGGGAUUAACAAACUCGUAAGCUCUGGGAUCUACAAGGCAGCUUUCCCUCUCCAUGAUUGCAACUUCAGCAGUCCGUCAGAGGACCUCAGCUGCCCCAAUGAACGCUACCUUCUGUACAGGGAAUGGGCUCAUCCUCGAAGCAUAUACAAAAAGCAGCCCUUGGAUCUUAUCAGGAAAUACUAUGGAGAGAAGAUUGGGAUCUAUUUUGCCUGGCUGGGCUAUUACACUCAGAUGCUUCUCCUGGCAGCAGUUGUGGGAGUGGCUUGCUUUCUCUACGGAUAUUUUAAUCAGAAUAACUGUACAUGGAGCAAAGAAGUUUGUGAUCCUGAUAUUGGCGGCAAGAUCAUAAUGUGCCCUCAGUGUGAUAAGCUUUGUCCAUUCUGGAAACUCAAUAUUACUUGCGAGUCCUCAAAGAAAUUGUGCCUCUUUGACAGUUUUGGAACCCUAGUCUUUGCAGUAUUUAUGGGGGUAUGGGUUACCUUGUUUUUGGAGUUUUGGAAGCGGCGCCAGGCAGAACUUGAGUACGAAUGGGACACUGUCGAGUUACAGCAGGAAGAACAACCCCGGCCAGAAUAUGAGGCACGGUGUACUCAUGUGGUGAUAAAUGAGAUCACUCAGGAAGAAGAGCGUAUUCCCUUUACCACCUGGGGAAAGUGUAUACGUAUAACCCUCUGUGCCAGUGCUGUCUUUUUCUGGAUCCUUUUGAUCAUUGCUUCAGUUAUCGGGAUCAUUGUCUACAGGCUCUCAGUGUUCAUUGUAUUUUCUGCAAAACUUCCCAAAAACCUUAAUGGAACAGACCCAAUCCAGAAGUAUCUGACUCCACAGAUGGCCACGUCCAUCACCGCUUCCCUCAUCAGCUUUAUCAUCAUCAUGAUCCUGAACACCAUAUAUGAGAAAGUGGCAAUCAUGAUUACUAACUUUGAACUCCCAAGGACCCAGACUGAUUAUGAGAACAGCCUAACCAUGAAGAUGUUCUUAUUCCAGUUUGUCAACUACUACUCUUCGUGUUUCUACAUCGCAUUCUUUAAGGGCAAAUUUGUGGGUUAUCCAGGAGACCCAGUUUAUUGGCUCGGAAAAUAUAGAAAUGAAGAGUGUGACCCAGGUGGCUGUCUCCUUGAGCUGACAACGCAGUUGAUAAUCAUCAUGGGAGGAAAAGCGAUCUGGAAUAACAUACAAGAGGUGUUGCUUCCCUGGGUCAUGAAUCUAAUUGGACGGUGUCGCACAGUUUCGGGAGCAGAAAAGAAAACCCCACGAUGGGAACAGGACUACCAUCUGCAGCCCAUGGGCAGACUGGGAUUAUUUUAUGAAUACCUUGAAAUGAUUAUUCAGUUUGGGUUCGUCACCUUAUUUGUGGCCUCUUUUCCACUGGCCCCUCUGUUGGCUCUGGUGAACAAUAUAUUGGAAAUAAGAGUGGACGCGUGGAAACUGACUACCCAGUAUAGACGCAUGGUGCCAGAAAAAGCCCAGGACAUCGGAGCAUGGCAGCCCAUCAUGCAAGGAAUAGCAAUUAUGGCUGUGGUGACCAAUGCCAUGAUCAUUGCUUUCACAUCAGACAUGAUCCCCCGCCUGGUGUACUACUGGUCCUUCUCCAUCCCACCCUAUGGGGACCACCCACACUACACCAUGGAGGGAUACAUCAACAACACUCUCUCCUACUUCAACGUUGCCGAUUUUAAAAGCAAAAGCAAGGAAAAUCCGUACACUGAGCUUGGUGACUAUACCACAUGCAGGUAUCGUGAUUUCCGGUACCCUCCUGGACACCCACAAGAGUAUAAACACAACAUCUAUUAUUGGCAUGUGAUCGCAGCCAAGCUGGCAUUUAUCAUUGUCAUGGAGCAUAUCAUCUAUUCUGUGAAAUUUUUCAUUUCGUAUACAAUUCCAGACGUAUCGAAAAGCACGAAGAGCAAGAUCAGGAGAGAAAAAUACCUAACCCAGAAGCUUCUUCAUGAGAAUCACCUCAAAGACAUGACCAAAAAUAUGGGAGUCAUAGCUGAGAGGAUGAUAGCAGUAGUAGAUAACAAUUUACGACCAAAGUCAGAUUAAGAGCUUUAUGUUCUGAGAAGCACUUUAAAGAAUUUAGCUUUAUCAAAAUAUAUUAUGAAUCACUAAUGAGAAUAAGUUAAAUCACUUUGGCAAAUAUGAGUCUUAACUAUCGCCAUUUUCAUGCAGAUUAUUUUUCAGUUUCAGCUAGCGAUGUAGGAACUGGAAAAUGUAAAAUUGAGAUCAAGAAGGGCAUAAAACUAAUCACCAGGAAAACCAAAAAUGUUACUUUUUUUGAUAAAUUGGAAUUUUAGUAACACAGAAGAGGUGUCUUUGUGUGCUUAAAAACAACCCCUGCCAAAGCAGAGUGGAUUUUUUUCCUCCAUUUCAUUAUUUUCAUUCCUUCUGUUCUCAAGCACGUGAUCUUUUUUAUUUUUAGGCACUGUCUCAUUUCUUCACUUUUUGCCAGAUCUGUUCCAGAGUUAUCUUUCCCUUACAAAUACCAUCAUUAAAGACUAGACAUGCUAGCAGUUGUGUGAUUAAAAAUAUCUAAUGCAGAAUUCAGUUUGAAUGCAGUUUAAGUGUCAGAUAGACCCAAGACUUCACAAUAUUUAGGUGCAUUAUCACAUUCCUACAGAAAAAGAAAUCUCAGGUAAUAGGAGGAAAUUUUCAGUCUUCAUCUUGGCCUAUCUUUCCAUCUCAGAGAAAUACUCUUAAUGGAUUGCAAUGAAGAUAGCAAGGUUCUGAGCAUAUUUGUGCUAAUUCACAGUGACACCUUUCAUCUUCCAGGAGCACUCCUAGAAUGUUCUGUGCCUAAUCAAUGUUGACUGCUUUGCAAAUCUCAAGGGAAUAAGAUGGCAAAAGCAAGGAAAGUUACAGAUUGAAACAGAAUUGUGACUCAUAUUGAUCAGGAUAAUUAAUUUACCUCUUCUGAAGAUAUGUCAUUUCUUGAAAAAAAA